CUGUCCCUCCCAAACUGAAGAAACUGAAAAGCCCAAACGUUCAUGUCGGUGAAAAGAUUUCACUGAAAUGCGAGGCGACUGCUGGAAACCCUCAGCCAUCCUACAAAUGGUUUAAAGAUGGCAAAGAGCUGAAGAAGAGCAAGGACAUCCGGAUCAAGUAUGGGAAUGGGAAAAAGAUUUCCAGACUGCAGUUCAACAAGGUGAAGCUGGAAGAUGCUGGGGAGUACAGCUGCGAAGCGGAGAACGUUUUAGGGAAAAAGCCUGAAUGUGAAAAGUGGUAAGUGAAGAAGCCAGCAAAUGUCUUGAGCUUAACCACAACUCUCUCCUCCUGGUCCGGGCAUGCUAGAAAAUGCAACGAAACAGCCAAGUCCUAUUGUGUCAAUGGUGGGGUAUGCUACUACAUCGAGGGAAUUAAUCAGCUGUCGUGCAAGUGUCCGAUCGAAUUCACAGGAGACCGGUGUCAGCAUUUCGCAAUGGUCAGCUUCUCCAAGCAUCUUGGAUUUGAAUUAAAGGAAGCGGAAGAGCUCUACCAGAAGAGAGUUUUAACCAUCACGGGAAUCUGUGUUGCCUUGCUUGUGGUGGGCAUCGUCUGUGUGGUAGCUUAUUGUAAAACCAAGAAGCAAAGAAAACAAAUGCAUAAUCAUUUACGGCAGAACAUGUGCCCUGCCCAUCAGAACAGGAGCCUUGCGAACGGGCCAAGCCAUCCACGCUUGGAUCCUGAGGAAAUCCAAAUGGCCGAUUACAUUUCUAAGAAUGUUUCUGCCACCGAGCACGUGAUCCGAAGGGAAACAGAGACGACCUUUUCGGGAAGUCACUCCUGCUCCCCAUCUCAUCACUGCUCCACAGCCACUCCAACAUCCAGCCAGAGACAUGAAAGCCACACCUGGAGCUUGGAGCGGACGGAGAGCCUGACUUCAGAUUCCCAGUCUGGGAUAAUGCUGUCCUCAGUGGGAACCAGUAAAUGCAACAGCCCUGCGUGCGUGGAGGCACGGGCUCGCCGCGGGGCUGCCUUCUGCAUCGAGGACUCGCGGAGGUCCAUGACGCAGUAUCGUGACUCGGUGGAUUCUCUGCGGGACUCGCCGCACAGUGAGAGGUACGUGUCCGCCCUGACUACACCAGCACGCCUGUCGCCCGUCGACUUCCACUACUCGAUGGCCGCGCAGGUGCCCACGUUCGAGAUCACCUCCCCGAACUCGGCGCACGCCGUCUCCCUGCCGCCGGCGGCCCCCAUCACCUUCCGUGUGGAGGAACAGCAGCCCCCCCUGCCGC